CACGGACACGUGUGUGCCUUGUUUAUUGUCGGCGUAGCUAACUAAAUUAAGAAACAGCAAGAGAUAAUGUAAAUAACCCUGCUAUUUCUUUGAGGAAACUGACUUCGAUUACGUCGGUGUUUCAAUAUGCAUUUGCAGAUCUUAUGGAGAUCCACGGCUGCGGCCGUGGCUGCUAGGAGAAUGCGGAAUAUUUUGGGUCCUGUCCUGGGCAAAGGCGGCUGGACAUGGAACACUCAUGAGGUCAAACUACUAAACACUUCGGCAGGUGGUGACACAGUGAAGAUAGGGGAUAUCUCCUACCAGCUGAAAACACCUAGGCAACCAGAACUAGUGCCCAUCAAUCACAUGUUAAAGAACCUGCCUCAGACUGUUAUCCAGCACCUGCGUUGGAUCAUGCAGAAGGACCUGUUGGGGCAGGACAUUUUCCUAAUCGGACCCCCUGGACCCUUACGACGAUCCAUUGCUAUGCAGUACCUGGAGCUGACCAAGAGAGAGGUGGAAUAUGUAGCUCUGUCCAGAGACACCACAGAGACAGACCUAAAACAGCGGAGAGAGAUACGAUCUGGGACAGCAUUCUACAUUGACCAGUGUGCAGUCCGGGCGGCCACAGAGGGUAGGAUCCUCGUUCUAGAGGGCCUGGAGAAGGCAGAAAGGAAUGUUCUCCCGGUUCUAAACAACCUGCUGGAGAACCGAGAGAUGCAACUAGAGGACGGACGCUUCCUGAUGUCUUACCAGCGUUACGACAAACUAUUGACGGAGCACACCAAAGAGGAGUUGGAUGCGUGGAAGAUUGUGCGUGUGAGUGAGGACUUCCGGGUCAUCGCCCUUGGACUUCCUGUCCCUCGGUACAAGGGUAACCCCCUGGAUCCACCCCUUCGGUCCCGCUUUCAGGCCAGAGAUGUCUACUACCUACCCUUCAAGGACCAGUUGGAACUUCUGUACAACACUGGACCCAACGUGCCUGCUGAGAGGGUGUCCCAGCUGCUUUCGUUUGCCACCACCCUCUGUUCUCUAGAGUCGUCCAAUCUGGGACUUCCUGACUUCCCUGUAGACAACCUCCCACCUGCUAUCACAGUACUGGAGCAGUUUCCCAUGGUGUCAUCCCAGGAGAUGGUCCAGAGGCUUUACCCUUACCAGGCCAUGUUGGGGAAGGAGGGUCGGACGGCGGUGGAGGGAGUACUACGUAGGUUUGAGCUGCAGGACACUCGGCAGCAGCCAGUUCCUAGUGCCGUCCUGAGGGUGGCGCCAGCGAACACACAGCAUCCUGGCCUGACUGGAGCCCAGGCCGAUGUUACGAUGCGCAUCGCUGACAAGGACAUCACCUUCCAGGUCCCAGCAGGCACCAGGAAGCCCCGCCCCCCGAACAGUAACCCAGCCUUCAUUAGCACCCCGAGUCACGCCCAGCUCCUGGCUGAGAUGAUGCAGUCACACCUGGUCAGAGACAUGUGCCUGAUAGGGGCAAAGGGUAGUGGGAAGUCUGUGGUGGCCAAGGAGUUUGCCCAGAUGCUGGGCUACAGCAUGGAGCCGAUGAUGCUCUAUCAGGACAUGACGGGCAGGGAUCUGCUACAGCAACGCUACACGCUAGCUAAUGGAGACACUGCUUGGCGAGCCUCUCCGCUGGUCACCGCUGCCCAGGAGGGCAAGCUUCUCCUGUUGGACGGCAUACACAGGAUCAACCUGGGAACACUGGCCGUUCUCUCCAGGCUGCUCCAUGACAGAGAGCUGUCUCUGUACGAUGGUACCCGCCUGCUGAGGUGGGACAGAUACCAGACACUGAAGGAAGACUUACAACUGACUGAUGAGCAGCUAAACAAAAGGUCCGUCUUCCCCAUCCACCCGGCGUUCCGCGUGCUGGCUCUGGCGGAGCCCCCGGUGGUGGGCAGCAUUGGACAGCAGUGGCUCGGUCCUGAGCUGCUCACCAUGUUCAUGUUCCACACCAUCCAGCCGCUGGCCCAGGAGGAGGAGACCAGCCUUAUACAGGGCCUGACUCCCAACGUUCCCAGGGAGGUGGUGGAGCAGCUCCUACAACUCACACACAACCUCCGACAGACCAACGAGCCCUCUGCCCAGUCUCUAGCGUCGUCUCUGUCCACCAGACAGCUGUUGAGGAUCUGCCGGCGUCUCUCUCAGUAUCCUGGUGAGAGCAUCGCUCACGCUGUCAAUAAAGCCUGUCUGUCCAGGUUUCUGCCCAGUCUGGCUCGCUCCUCUCUCCAGAAGGGUCUCGCGGACAGCUGCAUGCUGGACACACACCAUGAGGCAGAAACACACCUACACAGCUGUAGUAUAAAGGAUGGUGUGUUGACCUUGGGGAGUGUGUCGGCGCCAGUCUAUCACUCUGAGGAGAAAAUGAAGGUUCCCGAUGUGAUCUUCUACGACAACGCGCAGCAUAUGAUGGUGAUGGAGGACAUGCUUAAAGACUUCCUGCUGGGUGAACAUCUCCUAUUGGUGGGAAAUCAGGGAGUGGGGAAGAAUAAGAUUGUGGAUAGGUUCCUCCAUCUUCUGAACAGACCCAGAGAGUACCUGCAGCUCCACAGGGACACAACGGUUCAGACCUUGACCUUACAACCGUCUGUCAGAGAUGGAAUCAUUAUAUAUGAUGACUCACCACUGGUGAAAGCUGUGAAGACGGGUCACAUCCUGGUGAUAGACGAGGCCGACAAAGCCCCCACUAGCGUCACCUGUAUACUGAAGACCCUGGUGGAGAGCGGAGAGAUGAUCCUGGCUGACGGACGCCGAAUAGUUUCUGAUCCGUCGGAGGCCAAGGGGAGGCCCAACGUUGUAGUCAUGCACCCAGACUUCAGGAUGCUGGUGCUGGCCAACAGGCCCGGCUUCCCCUUCCUGGGGAACGACUUCUUUGGCUCGCUGGGGGACAUCUUCAGCUGCCACGCAGUGGACAACCCCAAGCCUCAGGCGGAGUUCGCCAUGCUGAAGCAGUACGGGCCGGCGGUGCCCGACGCCACCCUUCACCGGCUGGUGGCGGCAUUCGGGGAGCUCCGGGCCAUGGCCGACCAGGGCACCAUCACAUACCCGUAUUCCACCAGGGAGGUGGUGAACAUAGUCAAACAUCUGCAGAUGUUUCCAGACGAGGGCUUGGCCAACGUGGUGCGGAACGUCUUUGACUUUGACUCGUACAACAAGGACACGCGGGAGGUCUUGAUCCAAGCACUGCACAAGCACGGCAUCCCGAUCGGAGCCAAGCCCAGCAGCGUCCAUCUGGCCAAGGAGUUGCCGCUCCCUGAGGUCAGAAUGUCUGGUUACUGGACAAUCAACCAAGAGGGCAACGCCCGACGUAAACUGCUCUGCCCUACAGAGACACACACUAUCGAUAUCAAGGGGCCAGUGUUCCUGCGAGUGCAGGCCUUCCCCUGUGACAGACUGGAGUCCAGGGCUCUGAGCUUCACUGAGGAGAAAGCAACCUGGCAGAUCCCCAUGAACGAGGUGAACAUCAUCUGUGACGUCACCACCAGCAACGAAUCCAUCUACGUGGCCACGUGUAACCCUGUGAGUCUGUUCGCCAUGACGGAGAGGGGAGACACGGUCCGCUGCAUGGAGCUCUACGACGUCUUCCCCAGGACCAUCAGUGGGGUCUGGCAGCCCUUUGUGACGGUCGCCGCCCUGGGCAGCCCCCUGGAGGGGCAGGUGGUGCUGCAUGAGGAGCAGAGUAAUACAGUUUUACAUCUGGACUUGAUGACAGGGGCGGUCAGGAGACUGAUGCUGUCACAGGAGACAGAAAAACCCGCCCCAAAAGCGUCCAACUGGUGGAGCAGCAGCAGCAAGGACCAAUCGGAAGGGCAUAAAAUGUGCCGUGAGUUUUCCCACAAGAACUGGCUCCUGUUCUACAAAGAGGGCGGCAACCAGCUGGAUGUCCUUGAUGUCCUGGAAGGCCAGGUACACACCAUCUCCCUUCCCAUCAACCUCAGCCAGGUCUUCCUGGUGGCAGAAGAUCGCUGGCUACUGGUGGAGAGUAACAGCAACAUGAAGUUUCUGUUGACCAAGCCAAUGCACAUGGGAGCAGAGGAGUGUGGCGUGUGUCAACUUCACAGUGUCAUUGAGGACAGCGCCGGCGCCGGUCAUGGAGCGAGCUCAGGAGACGGCUUGUGUGUUCCCCAGAACGUGGCUUGUGGCCAGCUGCCUAAUGAGAACCUGAGUGCAGCCCUGGGUCAAAAGAUCGUUUCCCCCAACCGGCUUCUCUCCGACACCUCCUCCUACGCACGCAUCAUCGUGGGCUUCCCCGACCUCAUGUCCCCCAAUGAGGUAUACAGCUUUAAGAGGGAAGCAGACCUAACAGAGAUGAGAGCUGGAGAUUUGGGAGGUCAAAGGUUCUUCCGGGGCGGGCUAAAGACCAGCGUGGCCAAACGGACAAACUGUGUCAGUCUCUUGUCGGCCAAUCAGGUGGUCCGGGCCCUCCCACCUGGGCAGGUGCCACUUAAAGACAUCUUUCCCCCAGAUGUCACUCCCCCAAUGACUUCGGCCUACCUGGAGGUGACUGACUUGAACUCCAAGAAGCUGAAGUAUAUCCCUGUCCCCAGGUCUGUAAGUGUCUCUCCCUACACAACGUGGUUAUCGAAAGUAUCAGACUCUGAUGUGCUGUUGGCCAGCUUGGGAUCGGGGGGUGUGGUCACAGUGGAUAUGGGCGGAUAUGUGCGGCUCUGGGAGACGGGAUUGGACAACCUGCAGCGAUCUUUGCUGGAAUGGAGGACCAUGAUUGGCUCAGAACACAGUAGGCCUGUACAGAUUACGGUCCAGAGAGACAGUGGUCUGGACGUGACGUCCCCCAAACACGGCAAGGUGGACCCCAAUAAUGCCCCCCAUGUAGGGGGGAACCAGUGGGCCGGGGGUACAGGGGGCAGAGACACCGCUGGCCUGGGUGGUAAAGGGGGACCUUACCGUUUGGACGCCGGUCACAAGGUGCACCAGCUUUCCCAGGCAGAGAAAGAUGCUGUCCCCGAGGAGGUCCGCAGAGCAGCCAGAGAGAUGGGAGCAAAGGCCUUCAAAGACAGGUUGAAGGAGAUAGAUAUGAGUGAGUACGAUGCAGCAACGUACGAGCGUUUCUCCGGGAACGUCCGGCGACAGGUUCAGUCUCUGCGCAUCGUUCUGGACAGCUUACAGGCCAAAGCUAAGGAGCGUCAGUGGGUGAAGAACCAGUGCCUGGGAGAUCUGGACGAUGCCAAGAUCAUAGAUGGUCUGACUGGAGAGAAGGCCAUCUACAAACGAAGAGGAGAUCUGGAUCCAGAGCUGGGCAGCCCGCAGCAAAAGCCUAAGCGUCUGCGUGUGUUGGCUGACGUGUCAGGGAGCAUGUACCGUUUCAACGGAGUAGACGGCAGGCUGGAGAGGUCUAUGGAGGCCGCGUGUAUGGUGAUGGAGGCUCUGGAGAGCUACGAACACAAGAUUAAGUAUGACAUUGUGGGUCACUCAGGUGAUGGUUAUGAUAUAGAGCUAGUCAGAACAGACAAGCUCCCCAAGAACAACAAACAGAGACUGAAGGUCCUCAAGACUAUGCAUGCCCACUCCCAGUUCUGUAUGAGUGGAGACUACACCCUGGAGGGCACCGAAGCUGCCAUCAGAGAGCUGGCACGCGAGGAUGCCGACGAGAGGUUUGUGGUGGUGCUGAGCGAUGCCAACCUGGAACGCUACGGCAUAACGCCUGAACGCUUCGCCCGUGCCCUGACCUCUGACCCCCAGGUCAACGCUUUUGCCAUCUUCAUUGGCUCACUGGGAGACCAGGCUGACAGGCUCCAGAGGACAUUGCCGGCGGGACGGUCUUUCAUUGCCAUGGACACCAAACACAUCCCUCAGAUCCUGCAACAGAUCUUCACCUCCACCGUGUUGUCCAGUGCCUGAGACGCCCAUGAGGUCUGGUGGAUUGUCCUACUUCUGAGGCAGUGUACAGUGGUCACGCCAAUCCAAUCAAUCAAUCCAGUGUGUUUUAUAAAGCGUUUUAUACAUCAGCAGUUCUGUGCUACGCCAGACCAGGAGGUUUUCGACCCUGGCUGGUAUGGUAUACACGCACACAGACACACACUGACACACAGACAAAUACACACACGUAUACAUAAUCACAGGAACACCUGUAACUGGGCUUCGCUGUGGUCUGAAUGGAAAAGGUUGUGUGUAUCUUCAGCCAGUUUAGUAAACAUGGGAGGGGGGGGUUGAGAUGGAGUCUUCUGCUGUUGAUGGAAAUCACCUCUCGGGCUGUCUCUCUUCAUUUCCCUGUGUAGUGGGGUCCUGUGUGGGCUGGAGGUGAACUUGGGAGAGUGUUUCUGUUUUUGGACUUCCUGUAUCUUCUGCCCUGUGACCUGAAACAGGGUGGCCGGCAGUGACAUUUGCUCGUGCGGAAUGCAGGCACUGAGUGUGGGAAGUUCCCACCUGACGGCACACGUUUAGCUUACUGUUAAACAACACGUGUGUGUGUGUGCGUGCGUGCGUGUGUGCGUGCGUGUGUGUGCAUGCGUGUGUGUGUGAGUGAGUGUGCGUGUGUGUGUUGCUAUGCUCAAUCUGCACUAACAAGCACUUCUCUUUUCCUUCCUGACCACUGGACCUUGUGACUCCCGCUCCGCUCUUAGCCCCGCUAGGAAUCUGAGACCUAUUACAGGACACCAACACACACACACACACACACACAGUGAUGAGUGUUGCUGGGGAAAAGUGACUAUGAUUAAUAGAAGAACGUGAAACUUGCAUGGGCAGACUGAUGGGGGCAACUGACAGGGGCAGGACAGCACCGACUUCGCUGAUGUCUUCAUUGUGGACUAAUGUACUCACUGGCUGUGUAAUGUGGUUGUCCCAACUGGCUCUCUUAGACUACAGAUCCCAAGAGAAGUGUCAUGAUCAAAUUCUGGGCCUUGUAAACAGAUCUGUAUGUCAUAGCUAUUGAAUUAAGAUUCUAAUAAUUCCUAACAUGGCUGCUGUAUUUUUUUAUUAACUGUUUGAUUUGUUUCAUGGUAUUUGUUCAAUUGUUAGUCUUUGAUUGUAAUCAAAUGAAGUGGUAAAAAAAAUAUAGAAAGUUGGAAUAAAGUAUUAAAUAA